GGCAAAGGUUAUUAUUAAAGAAUUGCAAAUAAAUUUGCGUAUCUCACUGCUUCAUGAGACAUUUUUUUCCAGCUUCAAGUCGUUCUUCAUUCAUUCAUUCAUUAGCUAAGACAGGAGACGUGGUGAAGGACAGGAGAGGAAAAAGUAAUGGCAGCUGCAGGCAGCAAUGGGUUUCAGCUCAUUGUCCCUAAAACAGCUGAGAGUGUUGAGGUUAAUCUGGAGUGUGAUGUCACAGUACCAUGUCACCUGUCACCUGAAAUCAGCGCUGUUGACAUGGAGAUCAGAUGGUUUAAGGAGACAGACUGUGUGUGUAUCUAUAAGAAAAAGCAGGUAACAGAGGGGAGAAACUUUGAGGGCAGAGUAAAUCUGUUUUCUCAUGAACUACUAGAGAGAGGAGAUGUUUCCUUGUCAUUGAGGAACUUCAGAGAGUCAGAUGUUGGCGUGUACCUCUGUCAGGUCAUCAGUGGAAACGCAACAGAGGAGAUGACAGUACAAGUAAAAGAAGCAAGAGUACGUCCACCAACUAUUCAAAGCAAAAGUUUUCAUCUGACAAUACGCAAGAUAAAAAAAUCAUGGGAUAAAAGACAGAGAGAACAAAUGGAGCAAUCCUCUUCGAUGACAGAGCUUGUAUUGAAUAAUGUAGAGGAACCCAACCAAAAGUUAGUCGAGGCUUUCAAAGAUCAAAGCAAACAGGAACCAACUGAAUUAAAGGAGACGGUGAUGGAUUUGAAGAAAAAAAUAGAAAGUAAAAACUGUGAACUAGAUGACAAAAACAGAGAACUGGAAAAAUAUGUAAAGACCCAAAUGGAGAUGAAGGAACAACUUAAAGAAAUGCAAACCAAACUUACAGACACGACAAAACAACUGAAAGAAAAAUCUGUUCUUCUAGAAAAUAAAGAAUCACAAAUCCAACAGUUAGAAAAACAAGUGUUGCAAAAAAACAAAGAAUAUGAGGAGAUGCAAAAUCAGCUAAAAGAGAAAAACACAGAGUUGGAGAAUCUGAAGAAACUGAUGAGUGAGAAAGAGAUACCAAAGAACACAGUCCAAGAGCUGGAAACCAGUAAACAACAGCAACAGGAAACACACCAACAGCUGUGUUCAGGGGGAGUCAAACUCUGCUCCAUUUUGGCUGGAAAAACAAAUAACUCUCACAGGAGAUUUAUUGAUACUCUGAUGAACCAAAUCCCUGAACUGAAGGAAGUUCCUACAGUGGAUGAGAGUGACGUUGUUUUAGUUUUCUGUCCUAUUGUUUCUCGAGCUGGAACUGAUAUUGAAGCAGCACUGAAACGAUUCACAGACUCUACAGCAUCUAAGUUGAAUGUUCUGGUGGUGCUACAUCACACAUUUGACCCAGAGAAAACUGUACCAGACAGCAGCAGAUGUGUUAACAGGACGGAUAUACUGACAGUGGACUGUCUGUACUAUGAGGAUACAGGAUUACUGGAGUGUCAGAAGAAUCAUGAUGCUAUAGACAAAGUUGAGAAAUGGUUAAAAGAGAAGGAAAGAGUAUGUCCAACUAAGAACCCAGUUAAAUCUCAACUACAAAAAAGAAAAAGGUCUACGGAGGAUGAAAGUAAAUCUGAGGAAGUGGAAUCUAAAAAGAGGAAAACAGAUCAAGAGGCACAAUUAAGAAACACAGGGGAGGUCAAAGUUUGCAGCAUUUUGAGUGGAAAAACAAACGACUCUCAUGUGGGAUUUUUCAACAAUCUGAGUUCCCGCUUUAAGCGUCUGAAGGAAGUUUCUACAGUGGAUGAGAGUGAUGUCGUUUUGGUUUUCUGUCCUAUUGUCUCUCGAGCUGGAACUGAUAUUGAAGCAGCACUAAAGAGAUUUGAUGACUCCACAGCAUCUAAGCUGAAUGUUCUGGUUGUGCUACAUCACACGUUUGACCCAGAGAAAACUGUACCAGACAGCAGUAGAUGUGUUAACAGGAAGGAUAUACUGACAGUGGACUGUCUGUUCUAUGAGGACACGGGAUUACUGAAGUGUCAAAAGAAUCAUGAAGCGGUGGAUAAAGUUGUAAACUGGUUAAAGGAGCAGGGGAAGAGAGUGGGAGAUUUUUCACGUCAAAACAAGUCAUCUUGCAACAAAUCAUUGUUUUGGUCUUCACAAUGGUCAAAUUUUACACAGUGGAUAAAACCCGGAUCUUCAAGUGACAAUCAUGAGUGAUCAAUAAGGAUGGUGGAGAAGAAUAACACAGAGGAUUAUGUUGUUCUGCAUCUGUUGUUCGGCUCACUAUUCAAAACGAUCCUUUGACUGACAGCCCUUAACUGUACAUCAACACUCUCUAGAUUAACAUAAGCUCACAUACAGGUGCUGGUCAUAUAAUUAGAAAUCAAAAAGUUGAUUUAUUUCACCAAUUCCAUUCAAAAAGUGAAACUUGUAUAUUAUAUUUAUUCAUUACACACAGAUUGAUAUAUUUCAAAAUUUAAUUUCUUUUAAUUUUGAUGAUUUUAUCUGACAUUUAAGGAAAAUCACAAGUUUAUAGUAUCUCAGAAAAUUUGAAUAUUGUGAAAAGGUUCAAUUUUAAAGACAUCUGGUGCCACACUCUCACCUAAUAAACUCAAAACACCUGCAAAGGCA